GGAUUAGUCAGUACCUGUCUGGACGUGGCUGUGCGAGGACGUGUUUCUCCGUGUAACGACAUCUGUGAGUGUGGCUGUGAACUACUUGAUUUUUUUUCUAAAAAGAAAAUCUAACACUCAGCAGUUCAUUUAAUGGUCGACCAUUGUUUUUGUCGUCAUGAAACAUUCAACGGCCCGUGGCCUGUGACACGUGUCUUUCGAUAGAAUUUUGAAUAAUUUUUCGAAUAAAUCAGAAAUUCAACUGAAAAAAAAAAAAAUGGUGGUCGGGAAAUUGUCAGUGAUUUUAUUCCAGUUGUUGUUAUUACCAAUCAUCGAUGUUCAUUUGGAUCAAAGUGCUGCUGCAUCGGCCGUUAUUCAACGAUUAAUCGUGCGGUUAGAAGAGCCAUCUCUGCCAUCGAGCGACAAUUGCACCUUCUUCAAACAAAUGGAGAACGUGUUGACGUCGACGUCGGAGCAGCUGCACAACGUGACGACGGGUCGAUUGCAAUGGGACAAAAUAAGCAUCUUGGUGUCCAAAUCGUUGGCGCAUGAUUGUUUCCGAUUGGCCAGACAUCAGCAGCGCAUGCAAGUCAUCAAGAACAAGAGGAUGAACGCGCAAUUGGCUGCGUCCCACGCGGCCGACAUGGUCGUCCAUGACGCCAGUCAUCCGCUCAUCGGCGAUCUACCGCACGCCAAACAGUACGGCGGAUGCAGUCAGCAAGGAUUGGCAGUUCAUCUCAGUCGUUCAUUCAUCCGUUCCUUUCAUGCCGACACUUUCUUCAUUUCAGGUCGUCAAGUGUUGCGCGAAUGGGUGAAACAUCGGUACGGCGUGUUUGAUGAAACGGGUUUCGAUGGCGACCUUCAGUAUCCAUUACGCACGUCGCAAUACGGUUCUCAUCCGCCCAGCAAUUCGAGCGAGCUGCAACAAGACAAUUCUUGCACGACAUUUGCAAACAAUACCAGUGAGACUCUGGAAGAUGAUGGGCGGAACGGCAGUGGACAUAUCGACACGCCAUCGAAUUCGACGUCGUCGAUGUCUGCGCAUCCGGUGAAAGCGACGCCACCUCAAACUUCAAUCAUGGCAUCGUUGGACGCGGAUGAUUGGUGCGAUGGAUCGAAUCACAUCCGCUGGAUGCCAACCAAACAGAACGUGCUGUGCGAAGAGCAAAGCGUUUGGCAAGUGAUGGAGACGCACCCGGAUUUUCGACGUCGGGCGCCAUCGACCACCACCACCACCACCGAAUUUGUCCCUGUGACGGAUGAUGCAGCCGAGCCAUGGCACCAACGCCAAGAUGGAACCGACGAUGGAUGGACGGCCUUUUUCCCGCCCGAAUUUGAAUACAUUUUGCCAUCGAACGGCCAUCGUUACGUCCUCGUUCUCGAUCGAACCCCAUCGAGUCGGAGAUGGAGUUUGAUCCGGCGGGCGCUUUACCGUUGGAUUCACGCCCUGCCGUCCAGCGACGACGGCGUCGAAACUCAUUUGAGCGUGAUCGUUUCGUCGGCCAGCGAUGCCAAAAAUCUGGUCGUCCUUGGAUGGACCAAAGUGACGGCCGACAAUCGUGACGGCCUCGUCGGCCGCAUCCCGCGUCGACCUCUCGGCUCAUCUCCGUCCGCUUCUUCUUCUUCGUCUGAACAUCUCGCGUCUGCCAUCCGACUCGCUCAUCAGAUGUUGAACGACGAGAAGGAAGCCACUUGCUGCGGAGGGCAAUUGAUUGUGUUGACUGGGACGUCGAUCCGAAUGCAAUUGGACGAGCAACAGGACGUGACCGUGCACGCCAUCGCCUUCCCCAGCAGACGGACGACCCUCGUCGAUUUGGGCGUCGUCAACGGACUGGCAUUGGCCGUCGACGAUGGCGACGACGAUGACGUCGAAACGUCGCUGACGCAAUCGCGAUUGGCUGCCGCCUUCCUCCAAAUCUUGCGCUACGACCAACUCGAUACACCUACCCAGGUUUACGAAGAAACGGUGACGUCCGCCAAUCAAAUGCAAUCUGGAACUUUCACGCUGGACGCUCCCCUCGGCGCCAAUGUCCGCGUGGUGGCUCAUUGCGCCGACGAAGCUGAUCUCGACACGGUCGAAGUUGUCAGUCCCAACGGACGCGUCUACGAUCUUCCGCUCGUCUCUGACGGAAUGCUACACAUCCGCAUUCCGCACACGGAUGAGUUUGGAGAGUGGAAUUACCGAUUGAGAUUCGCACAGCCUGUCGUGUCGUCCUCUCGACACCAGGUGGCUACCACGGUGGAAGUGACUGCCCAGCCGGCCCCAACGACGACGCAAAUCUACGACGAGGCCAUCACCGUCCAGGCGUGGACCAACGUCGGACGCGAACCCGUCAACGCAUCGCAAACGCCCAUUUUGCUGUACGCGGACGUAAGGCGCGGACAAAGUCCCAUCGUGGACGCUAAAGUGACCGCUCUCGUCUAUCCGCCGCAAGGAUCCGACAACUCCACUGUUCAGGGCCCGUUUCUUGUCCAGCUGUACGACAAAGGCACUGGAGAUCCGGAUAUUACGCGGGCGGACGGGAUUUAUUCCGCUUAUUUCACCAACGCCAUCAAUCAACCCGGACAUUAUGCCGUCACCGUUCAAGUGACGGAUAACAAUAGAAAGGCAUCUAUUCCCGUCAGGAAACUCAAUCCGCCCGGAAUGGCAACAUCCACCGACGCUUGUUGCGGCAGUUCGAUGCCUUACCAACAAACUGUUUUAGUUCAACCCUUCCGGCGGAUCAUCAGUGGCCCCAGUUUCGUCACGUUGGACGGACCCAGCGAAGACGAAGAUGUCUAUCCACCCGGAAGGAUUUCCGAUUUGCGUGUGGAGCGCAUCGUCAACGCGACCAACGAAGUCGAACUCGGCUGGACCGCUCCGGGAACAGAUUACGAUUCCGGAUCGGCUGCCUUCUAUCAGAUUCGUUGCUACACGGAUCGUUCGGCUUUGAACGAUUCCGGAUCGGCUAUUUUGGUUCACGCUUCGCUCACUCCGCAACCGCUUCCGGCCGGAACGUGGCAAAAGGCCAUGGUGGCUGUGCCGUGGCCCAACCAGAUUUUCUACUACGCCAUCGUCGCGGUGGAUUUCGCCGGAUUGCGGGGCAAAGUCUCCAACAUCGUUCCGGUUUACAUCGAGGAACCUCCUCCGCCACCCACGACGACGACAAUCAAUCCGGUACCUCUCCUUCCGGCUGGCGAAUUGGACGGCAAUAACGUGACCCGACCGGAAGCCGCUUCGCAGAGGUUGUCGGAACAGCAGAUGUACGCCAUUGCGGGCGGAGUGGCAGGAUUCAUCCUUCUCCUCGUUAUCCUAUCGAUCGCCGCUUGCCUAUCCAGGCGGAAGCGGAGCGACGAUCGCCAAGAAAAGCCGAGCAAAUCGUCAUCUUCAAGCUUGAAAAUCCAAGUGGAACCGUUGAAGAUCAGCCCGUCUCACCACCAUCCGGCGGAAGCGAAUGCUCAGAAAGAGCAGGAAGCCACGGCUGCCACCGUGAAAUGCAGCGAAGAAUCUCGCCCAGUCUACAAGAUCUACGUCAACAACGCCUACAUCCAGGAAGAAGACGGCGAGCUGAAAAUCGUCACUCCCGACGGAAGGAUCAUCCAACGCGGAUCGCCUUGGUUCUCCUCGGCCAACACGCUGCCGCGCGGACGCAGUCUGACCAACUUGGAAGGGCUGGAAGCCGGAACGAGCGCGACGGAUUUGAAUCACUGGUCCCUUCCGCGCGCCAAAACGUCUCCGCACCGGCACAAGGUGCUCACCAACGGGAGCAUCAUGCCCAACAGCGGCAGUCAGAGCGUCAUCAACAAUCCGUCGUCUUCUUCGGCAGCGGGCGCUGGUGGGGCCAUCGCCGACGGCACUUCCAUCUCGUCCAAACCGUCCGUCUCAUCCGACGACACGGGAAUCGAAGUCUCUGAUCACCAGACCGACUCUAGAGACAGCGCUGAUUUGCAAAUGAUUUUACCUCCGCCCGGAUUCGGACCCAUCCAAAAUCACAACGGAUACAUGCCCAUGUACGCCAAUCACAAUCUGCUUCCGCCUUUGCCUCCGUCUCCGGGCACGUCUUCUCAGCAUCAGCAGGACUCUCGCGUGAUGCGGAUGCCGAGCUUCCUGGAGAACAAUAAUCCAGGCGAUCAUCAUCACAACCAGCACCACCACCACCACCACCAUCAAAACGAUGUGAGCGGCGGAUCGUUGGCUUGGCUGGGUGAUUUCCCCGACUCGAAUUUUUGCAGCCAACCGUCGAGUCGACGACCUUUGAUGAUUGGAUCGUCUUACGGCACAGGAAGCGAAGAUCGGACGCCUCAAAUCAGUCCGCCUCCGCCAUCAACUCCGACGUCUCAAUCUUCUGUCGUUCAUCAGCCCAGGAGGAAAACUAGGCACAUUUCGUUCGUAUAAAAUUUGUUUCAUAAAUAAUUUGACAUUUGUUUUUUAAAUUGAGAUUUGUGGAGAGAUUAACGUGGAUGAAUAAAUGUACAUAUGAUUUAUCAAUUGUGAUAUACGUAUAUAAUUGUGUGAAACUUUUGAAAAUAUAAACAAAAUUCUACCUUUGAAA